AUGACAAACACAAUUCCCAUUCCUGAGCCACCCGGCUGGCCCAUCCUGGGCAACUUGCUAGAUCUCGACUUCCAAUUGCCCCUAAGAUCUUUGUGUGAAUUGGCGGAGAAACAUGGCGAACUGUAUCGUAUGCGUUUACCUGGUCAAACGAUCUUGAUCGCCUCAAGCCAUGACCUUGUGAAUGAGCUUUGCGACGAGAAACGCUUUCCCAAAACCAUACAGGGCUUGAGGGAAAUGAGACACGGAGUGCAUGAUGGACUUCUAACUGCUCAAACGGAGGAACCCAACUGGGGCAUUGCACACCGAGUUCUCAUGCCAGCUUUUGGACCCUCGUCUCUUCCAGUCUGGUUUGACGGAAUGUUUGACAUUGCUAGUCAGCUAGCCUUGAAAUGGGCAAGACACGGGAAAGACAACCCAAUCACAGUCACCGAGGAUUUUACCAGAUUGACGCUCGACACAAUCGCGCUGUGUUCCAUGGAUUUCCGUUUCAACAGCUUUUACAAGGAGAAUCUGCAUCCCUUCAUCAAGGCUAUGUGCGACUUCCUUGUCGAGACAGGCAAUCGAGCUUCACGGAUGCCGCUACCUUCGAUGUUUUACAAGAGAAAGGACCGAAAGUUCUUUAGUGAUAUUGAGGUUCUCAGGAAGACAGCUGAUGAGGUUCUUCAGGCGCGCAGAAGCGAAGGAGGCCUCGAUACGCGCAAAGAUCUACUCUCUGUAAUGCUGAACGGCGUCGACUCCAAGACUGGCCAGAGAGUGAGCGAUCAGAGCAUCCUUGACAACCUCAUCACAUUCCUGAUUGCAGGACAUGAAACCACAUCAGGACUGCUUUCGUUCACGUUCUAUCAUCUUAUCACCAACCCCAAGGCAUACCAAAAAGCGCAAGAAGAAGUCGACAGCGUCUGUGGCCAGGGUCCGAUCAAGUUCGAGCACUUAUCCAAGUUAUCAUAUAUAUCAGCGGUUUUACGAGAAGCUCUGCGUCUUAACCCAACUAUCCCCGUUUUUAACGUUGCAGCUAAGAAGGAUGAGAUCGUCGGUGGUCGAUACCAUAUUCCGGCCAAAGAGCUGAUCCUCCUGCUCCUUACACGGUCUCAUCUUGACCCCAAGGUGUACGGCGAGGACGCUAUGGAAUUCAAUCCUGACAGGAUGUUCGACGAAAACUUCGACCACCUGAACAAGGAGUUCCCCAACUGCUGGAAACCAUUCGGAAAUGGUGCCCGUGCCUGCAUUGGCAGGCCGUUUGCAUGGCAGGAAGCCACGCUAGUUGUAGCCAUGCUAUUGCAGAACUUCAACUUCACUCUCGACGAUCCGAACUACUCGCUUUCUCUCAAACAGACAUUGACAGUUAAGCCGGAUGGUCUUCAAAUCCGUGCUGCUCUUCGCAAUGGAUUGACGGCCACCCAGCUUGAGCGGAACUUGGCGGGGACGGCUGCGCCCUUGGAUUCAAAGUCAGCGGCGCUCAAGGAUGGGCUUCCCCGGACGACAAAUAUCACAGAAAAGGCCACCCAUAUGAGUAUCUACUACGGUUCAAACAGUGGAACUUGCCAGUCCAUCGCGGAGACACUUGCUGCCAAUGCCUUUUCGCGCGGGUUUCACGCCAGAGUCGUGGACAUUGCUGACAGCGCCACUGGAAAACUUCCUCCUAACGAGCCAGUGGUUAUCAUCACGGCUUCGUACGAAGGGCAGCCACCAGAUAAUGCAGCACGUUUCGUGGGAUGGCUCGAGACUACGGAAGAUGGAGAUCUUACAAAUGUCUCGUACGCCGUCUUCGGCUGUGGUCAUCGCGACUGGGCGUCUACAUUUCAUCGCGUUCCCAAAUUAGUAGAUGCUGCCAUGGAGAAACUCGGCGCAUGCAGGAUCGCGCCACUCGGCCUCUCUGAUGUCGCAGGCGGCACCAUGUUCACCGACUUCGAGACCUGGGAGGACGAUGUCUUCUGGCCUGCCAUGAUAGCCAAGUAUGGCGCUGCUGUGCCGGAAGAACCGACGUUGGCAGUUGAGGUUUCGAGCCCGCGAAAGUCGAUUUUGCACUAUCAAGAUGUCAGAGAAGCAAGCGUGGUGGCCACUAGUGUCCUGACUGCUGAUAAUGCAUCAGUGAAGAAGAGAAACAUGGUGAUUCAAUUGCCUCUGGACACAGCAUACCGAGCAGGAGAUUAUCUUGCCGUUCUUCCUGUCAACCCGAGGGAGAAUGUCUACCGAGUGUUGCGGCAUUUUCGAUUGCCUUGGGAUGCUCACUUGAAAAUCUCAGCGAAUACACUCACGCCGCUACCAGGCGACGUGGCAGUGCCGGCUGCCGAGGUUUUUGGUUCCUAUGUGGAGUUAUCGCAACCUGCAACGAAACGCAAUAUUCUCACCCUUGCGGACUUUGCACGAGAUGAGUGCACAAAGGCUAACAUCCAAGCCCUCGCGACAGAUGAUUGCUACACCUCCAAGGUUGUGGCCAAGCGCAUCUCUGUCCUCGAUCUCCUUGAGACAAACACCAAUGUUCAUCUAUCACUCUCGUCAUUUUUGCGGAUGCUCCCUCCAAUGCGGGUAAGGCAGUACAGCAUUAGCUCCUCCCCUCUGUCCAAGGGAGACCACGCUGUCCUGACCUACUCGGUUCUGGAUGAGCCCACAGGACAUGUGGGCGUCGCUACUAGCUACUUGUCCAGCCUACAAGAGGGCGAUAUGAUGCACGUCACAGUCCGUCCAUCUCAUGCGGCUUUCCACUUGCCUAAAGAGAAUGACAGAAGUAUGCCCAUCAUCAUGGUGGCAGCUGGUACUGGCAUCGCCCCCUUUCGAGGCUUCAUCGAGGAGCGAGCUGCACUUCAGAAAGCUGGGAAAGAGAAGACAUUGGCACCGGCAGUUCUGUUCUUUGGCUGUCGUGACGCCACUAAGGAUGACCUGUAUCGUGCAGAAUUCGACGCAUGGGAAGCUAGCGGUGCGGUGUCUUCGGUGCACAGAGCCUACAGUCGGAGGGCGGAGGAGAGCGACGGUUGUAGGCAUGUUCAAGACCGAUUGUGGAAGGAAAGGCAACAAGUAAUGUGUCUAUGGGAAAAGGGCGCAAAAUUGUACAUUUGCGGUGGUCGAGCAGUGGGCGAAGGCGUGAAGAACAUGUUCAUCAACAUCUACGUUGAUGCUGCCAAGAAAGAAGGCCAGGACAUCAGUUGGGACAGCGCCAAGGAGUGGUUCGAGGGGCUGAAAAAUGAUAGGUGGGCUAUGGAUGUAUUCAAUUAAGCGGUAGAUCUGGAACUUGAUUCAAUAAAAUAAAGCUUGAUACAUG